AUGGCCAAUGAUCCUCAAAAAGAUUGGCUGAAAAGGCAAAGUGAUCGUAAAGACUCCUUGCACUCCACCUGCACAAAAGGUAAUUUCUCAGAAAGGAAACUAAAGCCUAGUGUUGCUAGGCAGCUCUUUGUGGAUGAGAGCCACAGAUUUAUCUACUGUGAAGUGCCGAAGGUGGGCUGCUCCAACUGGAAGAAAAUUUUGCUCCUCCUCACACUCAAUCUGAGCAGAGAUCCCUUUGAAGUUAACCAGGACACAAUACACACAACAAAUCUUCUAAAGAGGCUGAGUUCUUAUCCUUUUGAUCAGCAAGCUAAACUUCUAAACAACUGCACUAAAGUGAUGUUCACCAGGCAUCCUCUAGAGAGGUUGGUCUCUGCUUAUAGAGAUAAGCUCUUGCACUCUGAUGAACCCUACUAUGUCUCUGUGGCAAAGGAGAUCAAGACUUUGUUCGGGGGAGGCCAACAUACCUCAGAGGAAGUGACUUUCCAAGAGUUUGUAAACUUUAUUGUGACAAGGACUCCCAACUAUUUGGACAUACACUGGAAGCCAAUGUUUAUGCUCUGUGAUCCCUGCAAUAUUCACUACGACAUUCUGGGGAAGUAUGAGACCCUGGGAGAAGAUGCUGAGCAUGUUCUCCAGAGAAUUGGAGCCCCAAAGGAUUUCCACUAUCCAGAUUUCAAGAGGUAUGGUUCAGAGGAACGGACCAACAGCAACAUCACUCUGAAAUUCUUCAGGGAACUAAGUAAGGACCAAAUCCAGAAGCUCAAGGUUCUUUUCCAGAUGGACUUCUCUUCAUUUAACUAUUCAAGUGAAACUUUGCUGUAA